AUGGGCACGUUCGCGCGAGCGGCUCUUCUUGCGCAGGGGACCAGAGGCUUUUCUCCUCCCACAAGGGGCCAGGCCAUCCCCCAUGAGGAAAGCAUGAUUGCAACGCCCGAGACGUUGCGCCAAUCGGAUGAUCCCCCGGGCCGAGUCGGCGCUGCUCGACUCAGCGGCCGACAGGUUGCAGCCGGCCAUGCUUGGGUUGCGUGGAUGGUGAGCUCACUGAAUUGCCGAACUUCCAAAGCAUAUUAUGCCCUGGUCCCUGUCAAUGUUAACGCCAAGUGA